AUGGGUGUGGACUAUGAUUUGUUAUUAUGGAUUUUUGUCUGUUCUUCUUUGUGUCUUCUUGGGUCUUUUGCUUCUCUGCUUCUCCUCCAGGCUCCUCUCACUGCUCUUGAUCAGUUGGCUGCUGGGGCUCAGACUCUUCCCAGUAAGCCAGGGUGGAAGAAGAGCUGGGCUCUGAUCUGUUUUUUUCACCCUGCUCCGGAUUUACCAAUCCUAGAGAGGAAAAACUGGUUGAUAUAUCUGCUGUAUGUUCGCAGAGACUACGACGAGUGUAAGGCUGUCAUCAAAGAGCAGCUCCAGGAGUCUCAUGGGCUGUGUGAAUACGCAGUCUACGUUCAAGCUCUGAUAUUUCGCUUGGAGGGGAAAAUUCAAGAAUCUCUUGAACUUUUUCAGACGUGUUCCAUUCUGAACCCUCGAAGCGCCGACAACCUCAAGCAGGUGGCACGAUCGCUGUUUCUUUUGGGGAAACACAAGGCAGCCAUUGAAGUGUACAAUGAAGCAGCUAAACUUGAUGAGAAGGACUGGGAGAUCAGCCACAACCUGGGUGUGUGCUACAUGUACCUGAAACACUUCAACAAGGCACGAGACCAGCUAAACAAUGCCCUGGAGCUCAACAAACAUGAUCUGACUUACAUGAUGCUGGGGAAAAUUCACCUACUGGAGGGGGAGACGGAUAAAGCCAUUGAAGUCUAUAAGCAAGCUGUAGAGUUUUCUCCAGAAAACACAGACCUCCUUACAACACUGGGGUUACUUUACUUGCAGCUUGGGGAUUACCAGAAGGCUUUUGAACACCUUGGAAAUGCGUUAACUUACGACCCAGGCAACUACAAGGCUACCUUGGCGGCUGGCAGCAUGAUGCAGGCCCACGGGGAUUUUGAUGUUGCCCUCUCCAAAUACAAGGUGGUAGCCAGCACCGUCCCCGAAAGCCCCCCGCUGUGGAACAACAUCGGGAUGUGCUUCUUUGGGAAGAAGAAAUAUGUAGCAGCUGUCAGCUGCCUGAAGCGGGCCAACUAUUUGGCUCCCUUUGACUGGAAGAUCUUGUACAACUUGGGGUUGGUCCACCUCACCAUGCAGCAGUACGCCUCCGCCUUCCACUUCCUCAGCGCUGCCAUCAACUUCCAGCCCAAGAUGGGAGAGCUGUACAUGCUCCUGGCAGUUGCUCUGACGAACCUGGAAGACAUUGAGAAUGCAAAACGCUCCUAUGAGCAAGCUGUGGCGCUGGACAAGUGCAACCCCCUGGUCAACCUGAACUACGCUGUCCUGCUCUACAACCAGGGCGACAAGAAGGGAGCCCUCAGCCAGUACCAGGAGAUGGAGAAGAAGGUCAAUGUGGCCAAGGAGAGCAGCAGCUCUCUUGACUUCGACCCUGAGAUGGUGGAGGUUGCCCAGAAGAUGGGAGCUGCUCUGCAGGUGGGGGAGAGCCUGGUCUGGACUAAGCCUUCUAAAGAGUCCAAAUCCAAGCAGCGAGCUGCUCCGGCGGGGAAGGCCUCCAGCGCUCAGCAGCCUCUGGGCUCCAACCAGGCCCUGGGGCAGGCCAUGUCCUCAGCUGCAGGGUAUGGGAAAACCAUGCAGCUUCCCCCAGGCGCUGGAGCAUCAGCUCCCCUGGCAAAGCCUCCCUCCCUGCCCCUGGAGCCAGAACCAGGCUCCGAAACGAGCCCCGAGGAGACCCCAGCACCACCAGGGACGGAGGAACAGAGGAAGGAGAAGCGCAGGAGCCGGCAGGCAGCAGAGUAGGACGGGCUCUGGUGGAGACAGGCAGGUGCAGAUCAUCUCCAGCACUGCCUGUGGACUUGUGGGGAAAGGGACCUGCCCUCUCCCCUGACCCACAGCGGCUUCACCCCACUGUCAGUUAGUCUAAAUGCAGCUGUUUUCUGUUAAUGAUUUUAGCACGUGGUCUCUGCCUUCUCCCAAGGAAUGGUUGCAGCGACCAGAAGAGGUUUUGUGUAGCUACUGUUAGUGUGGUCCCAGCUUCCUACAAGAGACCGGAGGAUGGAGAUCCAUCUCUCCAGAGAUGGAGGUCUUCAGUGUUUGGGUGUAAGUCCUGCAGAGGGUGCUGGGGCAGGCAGUGUGUUUAGAAGAGCUGGCAGUAGUGAGGUAGCAUCCUGAGUAGUAGCAUCCUGGACGCUGAGGAGGGUCAGACCCUCCUAGUGGCUGAAUUUGAAGCGGCUGAGGAAGCCCCCAGGGUCAGUGGGAGCACGCUGGGAGAGGGGUGAAGGUGAGCACCAAGAGCAGAGCAGAAAGCCAGGCCGGGGACAGGCACAUCCUGGAGUGAUGGGCUUGGGCUCCCCAUUUCACACGGGCAAGACUCCGUAAAUGCUUUCUCAAGGCUGAAGGGAGGAGGCCGGGUGUUUGUUGGCCACUGAGCCGGCUCCUUUAGGAACCAUCCACCUUCCCAUCCCAGGAUCACUUUGCAUUUCUUGAGUCCAACCUGGUUUUAAGAGCAAACUUCUACGUGGUAGCCCAGAAGGUUGCAAAGCUGGCCCACAGCAAGGCAGGGGCUCAGGGGCUGAGCUGCAGCAGCAAAAAAGUCUGUAAUUCCUCAUCGUUUGCUGAUAAAGAGGGUAAAUGAGCUUCAGUGAAGCUCCGUGCUCCCGGGAUGGGGGUUCCUCCUGGAGAAUUGGUGUUGCCCAGCAUGGGGGGAAGGAUCGGUUUGCAGGGAACACAAGAGCAAGCCUUUUGGGAAAAGCCACAUGGUCGGCUUCGAUGCUCAAUUUAAAUUGUUUUAGUGGGACCGCAGCCACGUGCUGAAUG